AUGCAACCUAAACAUUCACCACCACAACAAUCCAUAGUUCUAAAAUUCGCACCUAAUUAUAUUACUAACGAAGAGAUAAAAAAUGAAAUAGGAUCAGCUUAUAAAUCAAUCUAUAAUUUAGAAAAAAUGAAAGGUUCCAUGAUGGAAAAAUCUAGGCACAUACGUUUAGCACUAACUUGUUCAGAUGAAUAUAAAAAAAUUAUCAACAGUAAUGGAUUAACUCUGAACGAGCAAGUAAUGGAAGUUAAUGAGUUCUUGGCUUCACCUCGAUUAUUAAUAUAUUCCAAGUGCAAUGAUCCGGAGCAUAUAAGACGAAAUUGUUUAUUUCAGUAUGACGCAUGCCGACGAUGUGGCAACGAUCGUAGUACUGGCGAAUAUAGAGAAUGUACAAUAUGUUGUCAUAGAUGCAAGCAAAGUCAUCUAUCAACCGACUUCAAAUGUUCUUUGUUAAUAAAUUAUAGAAGAUCACUUCUUUAUCGUCUCAAAGAAAAACCCAACUUACUACCACCUAAUAUUCAACUAUUUAUUUCGACUGAAUGCAGAGCAAAAGAUGAAAAAUAUAAUAAGAUUUUGAUUAAUACUAAAAAUAAGUUAAACAGUAAUAAUAUGAACACUAAACAGAUAGUGUUCAAUCAUUCAAUAUUUCAUCAUAAUUAG